GGCACGUUAGUAGCAAACGGUCAUUGUGGAAUUAAACAAGUGUUACGGAAUCGCCAAGCGAUAUUGGAUUGAUACAUUGAAGUGUUGAAGAAAUCAGGCGAAAAUAACAAAUAAAUAAAUUUGUGCUCGAGAUAAGGCAAAUCAGAAUUUAAUUAUAGAAAGUACAUACGUUCGAGGAAAGUCUCAAAUAAUUUUUUGAAAACAAUUUCGAUUGCUUUUUGUGUUCAGUGAGCAGAAAAAUAACUGCAUAAAUAUUUUUUACGAAAAUUCCAUUUUUAUUUCCAAACUCGAUUUGAUUUUGUGUCUGAUUUUUGUGAAAAUUUUUGUUUGUUCUCUUUUAUUCGUGAAGCGGUGCAUAAAUUCUAUGACAAAUCGACCAACAUACGACCAUAAAUAGACAUAAGCAAUACAACAACAACCGCAACAACCCAUUUAAAUAUUGUACAAAGUCGUGGGGUCUGACUGACGUAGUAGACCCAUGAUUACACCGAAAUUAGAGAAUGUCAUUGAAGCUAAAGUAAAAUGUUUGUGAGAAACCUGACCACAAGUGUUAGUGUAAAAUUUUGUGCUAAGAAAUUAUAUAUGUGUGUCUGCGUACAGGAAAAAAAUUUGUGUGCUCCGAAAGUGAACCGUCUCGAGCGACCCAGCGAUUACGUAUCGAACGAACGACGAUUCACCCUUUAUAUGUAAAACCCAACUAAACACAAUUACUUGAAACAAAAGUAAAGUGCUUCGAUAUCACAACUAUGACUGAGGAAAAUAAUAGCAAUAACGCCAAUAAGAACAGCCAGAAGGUGGACGACAGUGGCGGCGGUGGCGGUGUCUCUAUGGACAGCCGCCUGAGUGAGACGUACACGGAUGCGGUCACCAUGAAACUCCACGCUGGACUGGAAGUAAAUAAGAAGCUGGCGCCCAUACUCACCAUCAACUCCGACACGGAGGAGGGCUUCCUUUCGACGUCGCCAGAUAGCAACCAGGGCGAGCAAUCGCUUCAUGGAAAAUGCAAUGGCAGCAGUAGCACCACACUAAACGCUACUACGGGAUCGACAAACGCAGUGGUGCCGAUGCCACCGCCCGUUUGUCUCUGCACGAAUCCAGAGAACUGUGUGACGUUGAAGGAAAUUUUGGAUUCAUUCAAGUCACCGCUGUCCGAGGAGCAAGCCUGGGCGCUGCUGUACCAAUUCAUGGUGCUCUAUCGGCAGGUGGCUGCUGCUGGGCAGAGGCACAUCUUCAACGAUCUGGAGAUACCAGAGGGUAUUGAGAAUUUGAACUUGCAUCGCGACGGUGCAGUGCAUUGCUCGUGGUCCGAUGAGGAACGCAAGGAGAGGGAGCAGAAAAUACUGCAACAGCAGCAGAACAAAAAUGCUGCUGAGGAACACGAGGCGGUCACAGAGACGCAUGGUGAUGAUAAUCACGCGCUUCUGGUGGCUUCACAUAAAAAG